UUCAGUCCUAAAACCCUAAAUUAUCUCCCGAAAAACCCUUUCUCUAUCUCUCUCUCUCGAUUCUCACUAUUUCAAUGGCGUCUUUUGAGCGUUUCGACGAUAUGUACGAUUCGAGAUUGAAGUCGAAGAUUCUCAGAAACCUUCUGUCCGAUAAUGUUCCCAACGAGAAGCAGCCUCUGACAAACUUUCUGUCACUCUCCAAGGUUGUAUCAACUAUCUCCACCCAUAAGCUCUUAUCUGAGUCAAUUGACCAGAAGCUUCAAGCUAAGUCGAAAUCAGCCGUUGAUGAUUGGGUUGAGAGGUUGCUGGCUUUAAUUUCUUCAGACAUGCCAGAUAAAUGCUGGGUGGGUAUUUGUUUGAUGGGAGUAACUUGUCAAGAAUGCAGCUCGGAUCGUUUCUUUAGUUCCUACUCUGUUUGGUUUAACAGUUUAUUAUCUCUUAUCAAGAAUCCAGGAAGUUCUAGAAUUGUUCGAGUUGCUUCAUGUACUUCAAUCUCUGAUCUCCUUACAAGGCUGUCUAGAUUUUCGAAUACGAAGAAAGAUGCAGUUUCACACGCCGCGAAAGUAAUCCUGCCAAUCAUUAAACUAUUGGAUGAAGAGUCUUCAGAAGCACUGUGGGAAGGAAUCCUCCAUCUGCUAAGUACAAUUGUAAUCUUGUUCCCUGCUGCAGUCCACAGUAAUUAUGACAAGGUUGAAGCCGCUAUUGCCUCCAAAAUAUUUUCUGCGAAAACCAGUCCUAAUAUGUUAAAGAAAUUUGCCCACUUUCUAGCAUUGCUCCCCAAAGCUAAUAAAGGGGACGCGAGCAGCUGGUCCUUGAUGAUGCAAAAGCUGUUGAUAUCUAUAAACGUACAUUUAAAUAAUUUUUUCCAAGGUCUAGAAGAAGAAACAAUAGGGAAAAAAGCAAUCCAACGAUUGGCACCUCCUGGAAAAGACUCUCCUCUGCCUUUGGGAGGUCAAAAUGGGGGUUUGGAUGAUGCAGCGUGGAACUCUGAACAACUGAUUGUAUCCAGAGUUUCUGCACUUAUGCUCUGCAGCUCAACGAUGCUAACUAGCUCGCACAAAUCCAAGCUUAAUAUUCCAGUUCGCUCAUUACUAUCCCUUGUUGAGCGAGUACUGGCGGUAAACGGCUCUCUUCCACGAUCCAUGUCACCCUUCAUGACAGGUAUCCAACAAGAAUUGGUUUGCGCAGAACUUCCGACUUUACAUUCGUCGGCAUUGGAACUUUUGGUCGCUACUAUAAAGAGUAUCCGCAGCCAACUUUUACCAUAUGCUGCAUCUGUGGUGAGCCUUAUUAGUAGUUACUUCAGGAAAUGUUUAUUGCCAGAAUUGAGGAUAAAGCUGUACUCGAUUACUAAAACCUUGCUCAAAUCUAUGGGUGUAGGAAUGGCUAUGCAACUUGCACAGGAAGUUGUCAGAAAUGCCUCAUUGGAUCUAGACCCGACAAUUGUAGAAGAGUCUGAUGCGGUAUCUAGCAAAACCUUGUCACUUACUAAAGGAGCUCUUCUUCAGGCUUGCAGUAAAAAAAGGAAGCAUUCAAAUAAUUCAGUAGUCGAGGCAGAGAACUCUGCUUUUGAAGUGGGAGUCCCUCACAAUCACUCGAGUAGCCCAAUUUCAUUGAAGAUAGCAGCUCUUGAGGCACUGGAAACUCUUCUCACCAUCGGUGGUGCAUUGGGGUCAGAUAGCUGGAGAGAACGUGUCGAUAAUCUUCUAAUGACCACAGCAACAAAUGCUUGUGAAGGGAGAUGGGCCAAUGCUGAAACCUACCAUUGUUUACCCAAUAAGUCGACUACGGAUCUGGUUGAGUUUCAGCUUGCAGCACUCCGUGCCUUUUUGGCAUCUCUCGUUUCUCCUUCACGAGUACGCCCUGCAUUUUUAGCUGAAGGGCUUGAGCUUUUCCGAACAGGUAAAUGUCAGGAGGAAAUGAAAAUUGCAGGAUUCUGUGCUCACGCUCUCAUGUCUCUUGAAGUUGUAAUACACCCGAGAGCACUUCCACUCGACGGUCUCCCAUCCAUCAGCAGCCAAUUCCCGGAAAGCAAUUCUCUAGCUAGCCAAAGACACAACACACCUAAUCUGAAUAAGUUGAACGAUAUUGCUCACAAUGGUGAUGAUCUAUGCAACAGAUGGCAGGCAGACGUUGAUGUUCUUCCUUCUAACCCUGAGAUUCAGAGAACCAUAGACACAACUUUACAUCUCCAAGAGACCAAAAGGAUGAAACUUGGGAAUGAUUUAGCUACCGUCGUAUCUCUGAGUGUCCAAAAUCAUUCAGAUAUGGUUGCAUCAGAGAAUGUUCAGCGAGCUGAUGUGCCUGAGAAGGUUACUGAAUCAACUGAGGAAUCUCUGGGACAUGGUUCAGACAAAGAUGUUAUGGUUUCCAAAGAGGAAGAGGAUUUAGCGGUUAAAGAUAGUCUCAUGGAGGAAGCAACAAUUGGUAAGAAGAGAGAGUCCUUAGGUGAAUCUGAUGAUGAUUCUAUUCCAAGUCUUAAGGCAGAUGAUUAUCUCUCUUCUGAUUCUGGUAUUGAAUCAUAAUACAAGACAAAAGAGUUCACGAAUCUGUCUUACGAGAAUCUUUUUUUGUUAAGUUAAAGUUUUGACCAUUGUUUUUCUUUUCUUGAAGAUGUUCCAUUGAAUAGCUCCCUAAUAGCUUCAAAUUUUCAAUAUUCAUGUUUUAAAAUUUAUCUUCUCUUUACCUUUUUGUAAUGUA